UAUAGUGCCCCGAUUAGAUGUAGAAGGCAUAUUAUGUGUGCUAAUAUUCGAAGUUUAUUAUCGGGAACAUGAUUGAACAUUGAGGUGAAUGGUAAGAGUAUGCCUUGUAACAUACCAAAAGUUAAUGUUGUUGGGUUCAUAUAUGGAUGUAAUUAAUUGGGGCCUUAUACUUGCAUAAAUUUCUUUUUUAGACCUUAUUGAUCAAAAUCUAGUCAUUGCUCACUAGGUCACAAUGCUUAUUUGCCAGCACAAUAAGGUAAUUUUAUACAGUAAAUUAUAUAUUUCUCUACCACCACGACGCAACAAACUUAAUAAUGCAUUUAUAGCUUGUGUGAGCUCAACAUGCAUUAAUGGACUCAUUAAAUAAACAAAAGUUAUAAAUAUUUUUUUUUAUUAAAAUUGGUUCGAUUUUUUCACCAAUGAUAUUUACUUUAAAAUGAUUAAUUAUUUUCACAUUUAUCCUUAAAUAAGUUAUAUAUUCAUCAUAAAAUUUAUAUCGGGAAAAUCGGGCCGAAAUUAUUUCCGUUUUAUAAAUAUAGCUCAGGUUAGAGCUAGUCUUGAGUUUGAACAAUUGCGGCGGGUUCUUCCUUAUAAACAGUCCAUCUGUCCAUGGACUGACCUAAAGCCAUCGGCCGGUUUGCUUCCUGAAAGAGCCAAGUGAGAUCUUCACCGCCAAUCCAGUCGUUCCGAGAAAGAACCCUCGUUGGUUUCGCUCUUUCGAAUCGGAUCUCCAAAUGGGGAAGAAAUCUAAAGAGAUGAGCGAAGAUAAGGAGGAAGCUGUCAAAUCCCUUUUCGGCGCUGACAAUCCCUUCCGCCGUAAGCGACAGCCGGACGCAGUUGAUGGCGAUGCCGGCGACAUCAUUCGACCUGCGAAAAAACUAGGGUCAGGGAUGGAUUCUAGCGUAGCUGAGAAGGAAACCAUGAAAGAAGCAAAAAUUUUGGACUCGGAGCAUUCCAAUGCUAGGAAAAGGAAGAGAGAGACGGGAAUAAUAGCGGCGGUGCCAAGCCCUCCGUCUUCAGACGAGGAAUCUAUUGUGAGGAAGAGGAUGAAACUUGUGGAAGAUGCUGAAGUGGAUGGGUCAAAUAAGAAGAAUAAGAAGAGGAAGAGAGACGAAGUGGAAUUUGAAUACGAGAAGAAGAAGUUGGGUUCAGCCGGAGAGGAUAAGCCAGCGGCCACCGUUGUUGCCGUUGGGGAGAAGAGGAAGGCGGAUAUGUUGGAUACCAAGGAGUCCUUUGAUGAUGAGAGCAAGCUACUGAGGACUGUAUUUAUCGGGAACCUGCCGUUGAAGACAAAAAUCAAGGCUCUAAAGCGGGAGUUUGCUAGAUUUGGUGAGAUUGAAUCGGUCAGGAUAAGAUCAGUGCCUCUUGUGGAUACUAAAGCUCCUAGAAAGGCAGCUGUUAUCAAGGGCCAAAUAAAUGAAGAAGUUGACAGCAUGAAUGCUUACAUUGUUUUCAAAGAGGAGCAAUCGGCCCAUGCUGCUUUGUCUAAUAAUAUGACACAGAUUGGUGAAAAUCAUAUCCGCGUUGAUAUGGCAUGUCCACCUCGCAAGAAAAUGAAAGGAGAUGCUCGGCUUUAUGAUAGAAAGAGAACAGCUUUUGUGGGCAACCUCCCUUUUGAUGUGAAGGAUGAAGAACUCUACCAAUUAUUCUGUGGUCUCAGCCAAUCAGAACCAAAUGUUGAAGCUGUGCGUGUAAUCAGAGAUCCCAACACAAGCAUAGGAAAGGGCAUUGCUUAUGUGCUGUUUAAAACCAGGGAUGCUGCCAACAAUGUCUGCAAAAGAAGAGACUUGAAGAUUAGGGACAGAAAUUUGAGGGUCUGCCAUGCUAAAUCAGAUGCCCUCCCAUCUAAAGUUAAAGAAGGCCCAAGCAAACGGUUUCCUCACCAGAGGCAGCCCACAGCUCACAGUGGCGUACCUUCAGGAAGAGGAGAAAAACGGAAGAGAAUAGAUACUGAUUCAGUGUCAUAUGAAGGCACCCGCUCUAGCAAAACAGGUGUUCUGAAGAAAUCUUCCUUUCGGCCACCCCAAAGCAGAGUGAGUGACAGUGGUGCCAGGAGGUCCAGCUGGAAUGAACAGCAGGGUCGCAAAACGAAGCGACCGGCCGUAGCUGCCAGGAAAGCUAAGGAGCACCAAAAACGGAAGCAGCCGAGUGGAGCAUCGGAAAAUGCCGGUCGAAAUAAGAGAGCAAGACGGCAAUAGGAAGGCAUUUGAGACUACUAGUGUCUGUAAGUUUCAUUUUCAGUAUUGUAAUUCUUCCUAGAGCCAAACAGAGAGCUGUUUCUGCUCAGCAUUGUGAAGUUCAUAACUUGAUCUCUGAUAUGCAUCAAAUUGCUGUGUUAAAGGUUUCAUUUGGGAUGACUUUUUUACUGCUUAAAAUAAAUUUUUAUUAGAAAUUUAUUUUAAUAAGCAAUAAGAAAGUCAUUCCAAACGAAGCCAAACUCUCAUGUAUCUUAUAGAUUUUAAUCAUUUAUCAGGGAUAAUCAAUUUAUGAAAUGAAAUCUCUGCAUUUAGUUGAAAGAUUUUAUUUCUCAGCUUGGAGGGUUUAUGACGCAAGAGCUUAGUCGUUAAUUGUAUUAAACUUCAGGCUAUAUUAAGUCCAUUUGGUAGUUAUAGGGCUAUAGAGGUGUAAUGCUUUCUUAUUUUGUAUGUAGCCUAUUAUGUGCUUUCUUUUUGGCUAUAAAUAGGUAGCCAAUGCUUGUAAUGAGGGAGAUUUUUGGAGAUCAAUAAAAUUAGAGUUUUACUCU